AUGAUGACCGCCGGCGACGGAGUGGAUGAGUCUUAUCGGUUACUUCCGUCGCUUUAUUUGACUUUCCUGUCGAUCUGGUUCGUCUCUGCUUGUUCAUGGACCGCUUACACCUACAAAAUCCGCCAUUUUCAGUGGAAUAAUUUGCAGUGGACCCUUAGUUUGAUUCCAUUGAUUAAAGCAUUGCAGCUCAUGCUAUCUUUCCUCUUCUGGUAUUCAUGCUUCAAUUUUCAGGCAUGCUCUUUGUGGAUGUCGUUUGGUGUAUAUGUAACCGGUGUGCUCUUUCAGACAGCUGCUUUUGUCUCCUUUUUGCUUAUUUCUCAUGGUUACUGUAUCAUGUGUGAGCACCUUUCUUUAAAUGAACGCCGUUCAACUGCCGCACUUGCAUGUGUCUUUUACUUGACUCUAGUUGGUUACAAGGCAUCUGUUCCAUACUUCACAGUGCUUCUGCUUCUAAAUUAUUUUAUUUCAUUCUAUUUUAUAUUCCACCAUAUAUCCCAAAACCUACUAGUGCUGCGAGAACAGUUGAGCAUUAUUGAAAAUGAGGAUGUUCGAGCAAUGUAUGAUGCUGUGUAUAAAAAGUACAUAAUGUUCAAGAAGUUUCAAGGUGCAAUGCAGAUGGUAGCUAUGGCAGAAACUAUGAUAUAUAUGAAUAUCUACGACUCCUCAGAGAAUUACUGGCUUCGUCUAUUGAUCAGAGAAUGGGCACAAUUUUGCAUCUUUGUGUACAUCGGAUGGAUUUUCAGAUCACAAGAAAUGGCACCACACUUCUCUGUUAUACCAGCCACAAAGUCUAAAAGCCAGACUCUGGUGCCUCCCAUCUACAGUAUUGAAAUGGAUGCAGCAACAUUUAAAGAAUUUAGUAGUCAUGAAUGGCACAUUGGGUUGCCAAUUUCCACUUCUCAUGAUGAACCCUCCAAAAACGAAGUUCUGGUAAUCAUUCAGCAUCCUCGAGCACAGAGAUUAAGAAAGCUCGAUCCAUUUUCUGAUGCCAGUGACUGCUUUGCUGUGUCAGAUCUCAGUACAAAUUCAUCUUCAUGCCAAACACAACAAAGACAGCUAGGAACAUGA